AUGGACGGUCAAGGACUCGGCGUGCGGGAAAAUGCCCCUCAAGACCCAACUCACAUCCAGAUGACCUCGUCGGCAGAAUGGCGUCCUGCCCGUCAGUUCGUACGGAAACCAACCACCGCGGCCGGGUCCGCGCCGACAACGCCGGCAGCCAUCGGCAGCCCGUUCGCGCCCCACGGAGGAAGCUCGCCGACGGCAUCGGCCAAAUCACCACAACCAUCAUUUGCAGAGCGAGUCGCUGGCGCCGCAGGCUACUCCCCGGCUCCGUCUAGUAGCAACGAUGCUCCGCCGCACCAGCGACCCCGGCCGGCGCCAUUGCAGAUGCAUCCGGGCGAGUACUCAAACUACUCGAGCGCCUAUUCGGAUCUCAGCACGCCGUACACAGGGGGCCUUUCGACGGGAGGUCUUCCGCCUAAAAGGCCGAGUCACGCCCGCGUCGGGUCACAGUCUUCAACAGCCGGCCUCCUGUCGCCCCCGUGGCAGGAACCCUCGACCAAGCGGCAGCAGUCAAUGUACUACCCACCGGAAAGCGUGCUACUCUACAACAAGUACUGGCACCCGUCGUGGAACAUGUACUUCUUCCUGUUUGCCGGCAUCGCCUUCGCCCUCGGCCACCACUUCUUCUACGCGAGACUCAAUGGCACCGUGGCCGAUGGCCAGAUCCGCAUGCUUCGCUACGGUGCGGCGCUGUCGUUCCUCAGCAAGGCCUCGCUCGCGUCGGCUGUCAUUCAGGCCUUCCGGCAGAGGGUGUGGAUGACGGUCCGGAGGAAGAUGCUCACCUUGGGUGCUGUCGACUCCCUCUUUGCGGCUGCGGAGGACAUGACUGCCAUUUUCAAUAUCGAGGUCUUCCGUCAAGCCCGGAUCGCAAUGAUCCUGGCUAUUUACGUCUGGUGUACGCCCCUCGUGGUGGUGCUUACCUCUGACACGCUCACGGUCCAUCCUGCGACGAUGCGCGAGGAAGCCAUGUGUCCGUCGGUUCGCACGCUCAACUUUUCGCAAGAGGAGACCAACGACUUUCGAACCACCCCGAAGAUCAACAAUCUCUUCGAACUCUCCGUGUCCUUGUGGAACAAGACAAGCGAUGACCAGUCCGCCGAGCAUUUCUUCGACUACUGGAUCGAUUCGAGCCGCCAGUUUCGGGAGGUCGCCGCGUCUGCUUUCCUGGGCAAGAAGCCCGUGGUAAGAACCAACGCCUCCAUCGACAUCUGCGGCUCGGGUUACAACUGCACCUUCUCCAUCAAGUUCCGGGGUCCCGGAUACAAGUGCGAGGAACUGGCCAGCGGCGUGGGAGCGACGCCCAAGAAGCUGAACGGCGCCGACGUGCCGUUCAACAUGAGCAUGCUCGCACCUGUCGGCAACCAUACGUACAUCGCCCACGCCACACUAGGGGAGUACCAGAACCCACAGAUGGAAGAGACGGAGGCCGGGGGCAUCCCGACAAUGCCCGCGCCGUACCCGCCUCACCUUGGCGCGCUCCGCACGGAGCCGGUCCUCUUCUUCGGGUACGCCCACGUCGACGAGCCCUCCCUGGAUCAGCCGUCCAACAACUCCGAUCCCCGCUGGCAGACGGCGUACACCCCCAAGGUGUUUGGCUGCGAGCACCGGGAGACCGAAUACGAGGUCGACUUCGCUUACUACGGUUCCCUGCAGAAGACCAACGUCACGAAGCGGACCUUUUUCGAUCGCGUCGUCGACACCCGCUACCUCCCCGGAGUCGACGCCGUCGACGGAACGGCGGACAACACGACCGCCACCCCCGAGUCCAACUACAUCCUGCCGAAAGACGUCGCCCGAUACCGCCGCGCCAUGGCGUACCACUCCAUCGGCCUGCAGUUCCGCAACGUCAUCAACGGCACCAUCUUCCAGCCCAACGCCAUCGCCAACACCGAGGUCCUCCAGACGCGCAUCAUUGACCAGCACAACUACCUCGCCGUCAAGGACUUCAUGCAAGAGGUCCAGGGCCUCUACGAGGACGUCCUCCUCUCCUUGUUCGCCCAACCACGCCUCCUGGCCGUCGUCUGGGCCAACGACACGAGCGUCAAGACGGGCAACAACAAGGGCGACGACAUGUUGUACCGCUGCACCCGGGAGCGCACCGACAUCCGUUACAAGUACCACGCCAAAGACCUCUGGGCCGUCUACUCGGUCGCCAUCCUCCUCGCCGUCGUCGGCGUGGCCUUUGGCGUCAUAGCCGUCCGCGAGGAGGGUCUCGUCCGCAACACGCGCUUCAGCAGCAUCGUCGCCGCCACCCGUGGGCCGGGGCUUGAGAAGAUACCCUGGGCCACGGCGCCCAACAGCGACCACCGACCCGUGGCGGGUGCCAAGGUCGGCUACGGCCUCGUACCAAAGGACCCGAUCCAAGGCGGCCCCGAGACGUACGGCUUCGGCUUGGAGGGGGACGUCAAGCAGCCACAGAGGGAGGAAGCCGGAAGGGCGCCAUCAAGGCUGAGCAGCCCGUUCCAGAGGCACACAUUCAACAGGAGGUGGUCGAGAUUAAACACCCAGUCAUAG